GAAGAAUGCAAGUGAGGUUCUACUUACAUACCGAUUGCUUUUUGAUAUCAAGAGGUUUGGAAAAAAACUCAGAUAUAAAGCAGAGAACCACAAAGGAUGCACCUAAAUUACAAACGAUUUUGGGGCCAAAAUAUAUUCGGUGAAGAUAGUUCUGUUGACAGAGUGCACGCCAAGUGUUUGACGAAAUGAGUAAAUAAUUAUAUUGUAUUCCAUCAGUAGCCAAGCACGGAAUGAGGAUCGAAGAAGAUGAAGGAUUAAAUUAACUGCAUCUACAAGCAGAAGUAGAGACAGAAUCAGAAAGUUUUUUGAGGAUCUUAUAUUGCAAAUAACAAAUGCAAUAGGCUUCAGGGUCUUUUAUUUGGGCCCUUUUUAUACUAGUUAUGAGAAUGGGCUGGUCCACCAGUACGUGGUUGUGAUGUUUGCGGUGCUGUGGGUAUGAGAAUGUUAUUAGGAAAAAGAAAAUUGCCCAAUAUGUGAAAUGGCCGCAUUGGAGGACGGAGAUCGCCAAUUUGGCUGUGGAUGAGAGAUAUCGGUUUGAGCCGGCGAUAAGUGUAGAUUGCACAUCCACAUGCAACAAAACUAUGGAAACAGAGACAGGUCUCAGUGGUUUCAGGCCCCAACAAAUUGCUUCUAACUUCUGAGAACGCAGAGCAAGUUUCAGAACCACAACCACAAGCACUACAAGUUAAGGAAGGGCAAAGCCUCAUUAAAAAAGAAAAAAUAAAUAAAGGGAAAAGAAGAAAGAAAGCAAGCGAAGCAAAAAGCACAAAGAGAAGUGCUUCAAAGAAAAGUUUAUAAUAGAAAAUUCGAUAGAAAGAAGAUAUGGAGGACGUGAAAGUGAUGAUGAUCAGUAGCAAAGAAAAUCCCAUCAAUGAAUCCUUUCCUCAAGAACCUAUCACCACCACCACUUGCCCAACCUGGAAAUUGUACCAGAAUCCUUUUUAUAAUUCGCAUCAUAAUAAUCCGAAUCACCAGCAUUGCCAAACUAACACCAAUAAGCAACUUCAUCACCUUCACCUCCCUCUCUCUGCUCGUAAGAUUGCAGCUUCUUUUUGGGAUCUGACCUUUAAACAUAUCAUGGAGACUGAGCUAGAUUUUGCUCGAGCCCAGAUCAUCGAAUUGAAAGCUGAGCUGGAAUAUGAAAGAAAGGCAAGAAAGAAAGGGGAGAGCAUGAAUAAAAGAUUGGCUAAAGAACUGGCUGAGGAGAGAAGAGGAAGAGAAGCAUUAGAGAGAGUAUGUGAAGGGCUUGCCAAAGAAGUUUCAUCGGAUAAAGCAGAGAUUGAUCGAAUGAAAAGAGAAAUGGAGGAGGAAAGAAAGAUGCUAAGGGUGGCUGAAGUGUUAAGAGAAGAGAGGGUUCAAAUGAAGCUUGCAGAGGCGAAGUUUUUCUUUGAAGAAAAGCUGUUAGAAUUGGAGGGAACUAAACAGGUAGAAUCUGAUGAGAAUCCAAUGUUCAAGAUGGAAGAACAUAAAUCACCUGAAAUGGUAAUUGCUUCUAAAGCAACUGCUAAUUUAUCAGGCAAGUUUAGCAGGCUAGUUCUAGAUGACAAGUUCUGUGAUGAAAAUAACAGUGCAGAUCCAACGAGAGCAGUCUCUAGUGAAAAAUCAUCUUCAUGUAAUGAUAAUCUUAGCAGUGUUUCUUCAGUAACAAUUCAGCGAAGAGCAUCACCAGAAUCUGAGAAUCCUCAUAUAAAGCGAGGGAUUAAAGGGUUCGUUGAAUUCCCUCGAGUUGUACGAGCAAUUGGAUCAAAAAGUAGGCACUGGGGAACAAAACUGGAGUGUCAAAAAGCUCAGCUACGGAUUCUGUUGAGACAUAAAAGCCCCAUCAGAUCCAAUAAUCUCAUUAUCAGUUAAAACUACUGUCAUUCUUUCUUUCUGUUGCUUGAGUAAUUUUAAUUUUGGUUUUUAUUUGAAAAUUGCAUUUUGAUGUUGGUUUCUUUGUUCAAAAACGAAACGAUAAGCAUUUUUGUUUUUUUGGUUCUUGUAAGUUUGUAAGGAUACAGUAAACAUGUUUUGGGUUUGCAAUUUUAAUUUCUGGGAGAAGACUCCUAUAAAAUGUACAUGAGUUUGUGUUUUAUUAAUAUUUGAAGGCUUCUUCUUUUUCUUUC